UCCAAGAUGGCCAAGAUGGCCUUCAAGAUCGCCCAAAAUCGACAACCUCGGGGUGAUGGGUUUCGACGGCGCAGAUGUGUCCUCGAGCCUCGCCGCCGCCACCGCGAGGUUCGACGCCGCGGGCCUGAGGACGCACUAGACGGACAUCCAGAGGGGCCGCGGCGUGACGCUGGGCUGCGUGCUGGACGGAGUCUCGCUUGCCACCAGGCUCACGGCCAAACGCUACUGGCGGGUGCGACAAGGUGUUUCGUGGGCCCUGAGCUGCAGGUCCCUGCCAGGCUGGACAUGGGAGAUCGUCCUCGGCCACUGCACUUACUGCGCCAUGUGCAACCGCGACCUCCUCCCGGUCUUCAACGCGAUGUACAAGUUCAUAGCGGCCCACUACCAGGAGGCCGCGCCGCUCUGGCCCACGGCGCGGGCCGAGAUGGUUGCCUUCCGGGGCCUGAUGCUCUUGCUGCGCGGCGACUGGGCGCUCCCGUGGUGCCCACUGGUCUGCCUCUCCGACGCGUCUGAGCACGGCUACGCGGUGAGCGCCUCGCUGUUCGAGCCGGCCGCUGUGAAGGAGAUCGGGCGGGUGCAGGGGCGAUCCCGUUUCUGCCGCCUGGGCGGCCAUUCCGCUCGGGCCCAUUUCUUCGCCAGCAACGGCAUCGUGAUGACCAGUGCAGGGACGUUCAAAGAUGCUGCCGAUCUUGGUGAGCAUGACGAGGUUGCGCCCCGGACUCAGUGGGGGCUUGACAGAACUUUCAAAGAGAUGGCAGCGGAGAUCUUCUCAGGGUCCCGCUGGACUGAGAUAGUCGCCCGUGGGUGGCUUAAUGCUUCAGACAUUCUGGUCUACGAAUCACGUGCCCUCCUGCGAGCUGUAGAGAUUGUGCAGCCUGUCGCCGCGGGAGGGCGAGCAUGCCGUCGUCAUGAGCGACAACCUGCCCGCAGUGCUGUGUUUUGAAAGGAGGAGAG